UCAUUCCCUGUGCGGCACACUGAACUGGAUAACGUCUCCUUCAACCCGCAGCACAGACUCAUUUCUCUACACACCAGCUCUGAGUGGAUGCUCAGCAGGGGUGUUUGAGAUAUUAGCGCACUGUGGGGGGGAAAGGCUCAGGGACUGCUACCAUCCACAUACAAAGAGCCGGCAGUCAGGAGGAAUAUGGGCAAAUCCGAAAGUCAAAUGGAUAUCAUGGAGAAAUCAAGUAAACCUGGAAAGCGCCGUUGGACUGUUGCAGAAAUUGGUCUGUCUGUGUUGCUGCUGUUGGUCAGCUGUGCCUUGGCCGGGUUGGUAGUCCUCUACACAUCAGCUGUGAAAGAACAAUAUAACAAAACGAGUGUAUCGGGGAGCUCAACAAGUGAAGGCCAGCUGUUUCGCUCCAGCCACAACAGCGUGUGCACAACUGCGGACUGUGUUACUGCAGCUGCUCGGCUCUUGCAGAACAUGGAUAAAUCUGUGAAGCCCUGUGAUAAUUUCUACCAGUAUGCCUGCGGGGGUUGGCUGGAGAGACAUGUCAUCCCAGAGACGAGCUCCCGCCACAGUGUCUUUGACAUUCUGAGGGACAAGUUGGAGAUUGUCCUCAAAGGUGUUCUUGAGACGCAGAAUGAACAGGACAGAAAUGCAAUCAAGAAAGCCAAAGUCCUUUACAACUCCUGCAUGAAUGAGAGCCUCAUAGAGCAGCGCGACUCCCAGCCUCUCCUGCAGCUCAUUGAGAGUAUCGGAGACUGGCCUGUGGCGUCAGAUGACUGGAACACCACUACAGAGGAAGCAUGGAGCCUUGAGGACACACUAGCAAAGCUUACCGCUCGUUUCCACAAGAAGGUUCUGCUGGACAUGUACGUGUGGACAGACGACCGGGACUCUCGGCGCCAUAUCAUUUAUAUUGACCAGCCAGGACUUGGUAUGCCAUCAAGAGACUAUUACUUCAAUGAUGGAAACUACAAAAAGGUUCGAGAGGCCUACCUACAUUUCAUGGUUUCUAUUGCGAAGAUAACCCGAGAGGACAGGAACUUGACUCAGGAUGAUGACCGUGUGUGGGAGGAAAUGAUGCAAGUGCUGGAGCUGGAGACAGACAUUGCCAAUGCCACAUCACCGGCAGAGGAGCGCCAAGAUGUCACCGUUCUCUACAACAAGAUGACACUUGGAGAGUUACAAAGCACAUUCAACUUUAAUGGUUAUAACUGGACACGAUUUAUUCAAGGGUGCUGUCCAGCGUGUCCAUUGAGGUGCAGCGCCAUGGCAAUCAAGGAACAUAUCGGCUAUCCGGAUCAUAUUCUACAGGAAGGCAACCAGAAGCUUGACCAGGAGUACGCUCAUCUGAAUUUCAGUGAAGAACACUACUUUGAGAACAUCCUCGAGAACCUCAAGUCUGAAGCACACAAGAGUCUGAAGAAGCUCAGAGAACCAGUUGACCCGGACUUGUGGAUUAUUGGUGCUGCUGUAGUGAAUGCAUUCUACUCACCCAACAGAAACCAGAUUGUGUUUCCAGCAGGAAUCCUGCAGCCGCCUUUCUUCAGCAAACAUCAGCACCAGGCCCUUAACUUUGGUGGGAUAGGAAUGGUUAUCGGACAUGAGAUCACACACGGAUUUGAUGACAAUGGGCGUAAUUUUGACAAGGAUGGUAAUAUGCUAAACUGGUGGAGUAAUUACUCUGCUGAGCAUUUUAAAGAGCAGUCACAGUGCAUGGUGCAACAAUAUGGAAACUUCAACUGGAAGCUAGCUGGUGGACAAAACGUCAGUGGAAUCAGCACUUUGGGGGAGAACAUUGCAGACAAUGGAGGGGUUCAUCAAGCAUAUAAGGCUUACCUAAAGUGGGUGGAGAUGGAGGGGGAGGAGCCUCGUCUACCUGGUCUAGACAUGGAUUACAAGCAACUUUUUUUUCUUAACUUUGCCCAAGUGUGGUGUGGUGCUUAUCGGCCUGAGUAUGCCAGCCAGUCCAUCAAGACUGACUCACACAGUCCCUUAGAGUACAGGGUGCUUGGAUCGCUCCAGAAUUUCGAAGCGUUCUCAGAAGCUUUCCAGUGCCAAAAAGGCAGUCGAAUGAACCCUGAGCUGAAGUGUCGUGUCUGGUAGAAAGUUUUACUCUUGAGAAAUGUACUUCUUGAUCUAGGCAACUCAAAUCAAAUGAACAAGUUGUACUUCUUAAACCUACAGAUACAUCCUGCUCAUUUCCAAUUUAUUUGGGGUCAGAGUGAUGACACAAAUAUUUCCAUAUACUGUUGAUGUAUUCAAAAUGGAUGACAUUCUGGACUUCACCCUAGUUUCAAAACUUAAACCAUGUAUAAAAGAAACUUGCUAGAGUAUAUUCUCAAGUUUGAGGUGUUGUCUCUGGAUGAGUAGCUUGGUCACUUGUUUUUUUGUUGUUGCUGCAUCUCAUGGCAGAGUGGGUACAUAUAUAAAAAGGCUACGUAGAAAACUAAGACCUUGUGAAAAAGGUUAGAGCUUAUGGACAACUUUAAAUACUUUGCCAGUCUUUCUUAAAAUAAUUCUUAGAAGAAUCUCUUGUGCCAAUCUUUGUGAUUUAUCCAUUAUCAUUUGGCACUGAGAUGCCUUGGUGUCUUUCUUCUGGUGUAUUGUUUUCCAGACAUUGUGCCGCUGCAGAAGAAACAAUAGUGAACAUAUGUAACUCUGACUGAAGAAUAUAAAAUAAAAUGAAAGCUUGGGGCUUUGCCGAAGUAAAGCUACAAUAGAAUUAGUCACACUCUAAGAGUUUGGUCAUUCACUGUUACAUGAAACAAAUUACCUAAAGACUUUAAGACUGUUAAAUCUUUGCAGCUUUAACCUUAAAUUAACAUUCUGAGAGAGCUGCGGCUUUCAACAAUUUUACACAGUGGAUAAAUUUUUAAAAUUUACAAAGCUAUUUAGUACUUUUUGGAGGCUAUUUUUUUCUAAGUUUCUUUAUCUCGUCCUGCAAAUGAUUGUUGCUCAAUACUCACUGCAGAAAUGUAUAUGUAAGUCAUUACAGUUUUCCUGUAAGAAACCAUAUUCAAGAUGUUUCGAAAAAUACUGGUACUUUUUUAGCUAGUGAGAAAACACCUGUUGGAGAUAGAGUGAUGUGAUAUGGUUAAAACUAAAUAAUAUAUAUCACUUUAUUGCAUUCAUGGUUACUGCCAAAUUUGGAUCUACAGUAACUUGCUAAUAACAGCUGUGUUGUGUGUUCGAAGCUGGAUCCCUCUCUUUUUUCUCCACCUUUUACUUGAUUUUAAGAGGUUAUAUAGCUAUCAAAACUCCAAACAUAUGCCAUUUGUUAGAUGGCACUUACCUACGUGUAUUGAAAAUAUAAUGUUUGCUUGUAUGAUAUUUUUAAGUUUACAUUUAACUGGUGAUUGAUAUGUAGAAAAACUAUUAUUUCCUUCCCCAUGCGAUAUCCUGAGAGGAGAUGUAGACACACAGUGAUUGCAAGACUUUUAGCUUCUGGGCAUAGCCAAUUAAAUGCUAACGGGAAGGGAAAAGAAAACCCCUCACGCAUGUCCGCACACACACACACACACACACACACACACACACACACGGACAGGUAGCAGAUGAAGUGGUUUGCCCUCUGAUCUCACACUGAUCAGGGCUGUGUAAGAUGAAAGGAUAAAGUACUGCUGAACCACAAGCCCGCAGGCAGACAAACACGGAAGAAUGGGGCUUGUCAUUAAAGAGCUGCCCAGGGCCAGGACUGUUAUUUUGUACCUUUAUUAACAAUUAAUGACUGGAGAAUCAAAGCAGAAGUAAUAAGAGAGGCUACAGGAAGCCACCAUUUUUAAACAGAAAAACAAACAUACAUAGCCGGCUUUCAAUGUUUGCUUGUUAUUGGUCAUGUUCAGGAUGCCUUGAUAAACUGAACAUGACUUUUUGGUCUCAACAGAGGCUGCAGAAUUGAAUGUGCAUAUUGAAACUUUACACUCUUCUGUCUCUCGGUCUUCACAUAUUGGCAAAUACUGUUGUGUUGAGCAGAUGGAGAUGCCACGUAAAAAAAUUCAGAAUGUAAGUGCUAAUAGUGUGCAGCCAUCUUUAAGCAAAAGUUUGACAUUUUGAGGGUUGAGAGAGUUACAUGAGAAAAGAUGUAUUUAUUUAUUUAACAGAACUUGUGUUUCAAUGCCAAGACUUAAAGUCACUGUCCUAGCUCCAUAUGUCUGGCUCUUUUCAACGGUAAAAAAACAACCUUCCACCAUCUCUAAAAUUAACUAAAUAAAGGAGUAGAUCACCCAAAAACAACAUAAACUGUAUAUAGUACUCACCUCCCUAGGCUCUCUAUGGUCCCAGAAAAAGUUUUCUGUUGAAUGGCAUUAAGGAGAGCAGAGUGCCUGAAAAACAAAAGCAACAGAGUUUGAAAGACAGACAGCAAAUACAAUUUCUGUGGAGCAUUAUCCAGGUGUUUUCUACCCAUUCUUGGUCUCAUGGAGAGAUAUAAAUCUAUUUUUGUUCAACUGUUUCCUUUCAAGAAAUGUGUUUUGCACCAGAGGAUACAAAAAAUGCUUUGUAAAGUAAAAUACAGGUAGUUAAUAGUUGUCAUAAAAAUGUAUAACCUUUUCUUCUGUCCGUCACAGAAAUCCUAUGGAGCUGAGUAUUGUUUUUGGGUGAACUAUUCCUUUAAUAUGUUGCAUCUUAAUUUAACUUAUAUUUAACUAGGCUUUACACAUGUACAGAUUAAACAAACUGAUUUUGUUUCCUGUGGAAAGAGCCAGGGUAACUGUUACCAGUUUUUGUGCUAAGCUACUGACUAUAGUAUCAAUCUUCUUAAAUCACUCCCUCUGAAAACGAAGAAGCAGAUCUUUUAAAAUGUCAAACUAUUCCUUUUAACAAACAUGUGCUUUUAUCAUGUCUGGGUCAAAAGAAUGCUGGAGGAUUUUUCCUUGGCUGCCGUCUGAAGGGCAACAGCUUAGGCUUGUGUGUUUUGUCUGGUUUUGCUCAAAAAGAGUAAAAAAGUUCAAAAUUGUUAGCUAAACACUAAAGGUUACAUAAUAUACAACAUGUUAUUGUAGAUACUUGAUGUCCUACUUGAAGUAUUUACGUGAAAAUUAUUCAAAUCAGGUAAGAAAAGAAGGGUACAUUUCUUGACUUACUUCUAGCUUCACAUUUACUUAUAUGGUGAAAUUGUGUCGUUUUGAAAUUACCAGCCAAGUACAAAUACGUUCAUUUGUAUUCCCAUCAGAAGAGUUUAUUUAUCUACAUUACAAAUAUUUAUGAAAUAUCAUUGUUGCUUUGCAAGAAUUUAGACGUUAAAGGUGUUAUAUGAAUGUUUCUGCUGCUAUGUAAUUAUCUUGCCAUUAAAGUGACUGUCUCAACUGU